AUGGAUGAAUAUAUUGGAACACAAAUAUUAUUUGAGACAUCGAAAGGGACUGUGAGUGGAGUAUUGAAGGCUGUAAAUGAAGACACCGGAAAACUGGUGGUUGAUGACGGGAGAGAUAUGAGGGAUGUUUUUAUUGAGGAUGUUCUAAAGCUUGAGAUUGCCAAGGAGGGAUAUUAUAUGCCAAAGAGAGACACUAAGGUGGAGGAGAACAGGUAUAGAAUAGAGAAUGAGUGUCCAGCUCAGCCUGAACAAAUAGUGGUGGGCAGCAGAAGUGUUUCUGAAUCAUGCAGUGUGAGCAGAGGAGGAUCUGACAUGGAUUCAGAAAGAGAACAAGGUAUUAAGAGUCUGCAUAAGAAGCCUGAAGAUAGAUGCAUGGAGAAUGAGGAAAACUGUUGUGUUUCAGACAAGAUCGGAAUAAAUAGAAAAGAUGGAAGAUACGCACCCGAAACAACAGAAAUUAUCUAUUACGGAAUGAUGAGCCGGGCAUUUUCACAUUUUGGGCCACUUGAAGAGGAGUUCUCGUCGAUUGCAGCAAGGCAAGCAUAUCGUGUGUUUUCCACAUACUUCGAAAGUUCUACAGAGAAAGUUGAAAUAUUUAUUGCAGGAGAUGAUGUUUUUUCAUGUAUAGGAUAUAUUCUUGCAAGGCUACUGCUACACUCUGGAAAGGAGCCGUUGGUUAUCUGCAAUCAACAUUAUAUAAGGCAUUCCAAGUAUAGACAGUCAUAUACAAACUCUGGAGGAGUUAUAUGCACAUCUUCUCAGGCACAGGCAUGCGUAUAUGUUUUUGCAUGCAAUAAAGCACUGAUCCAUACACAGGAGUAUGGUAAUAAGGAUGCCAAGGGACUCAUUUAUUUGGAUGUUCCAGACACCUUGGCUAAGGAAGGAGGUGUAAGGAUCGGGCUAUGCUUUGGCUCCAUCCCUGCAUAUUACAAACGAUUCAAUGGCAUCAUAUAUUUCAUUGACAUUGAAUAUCCAACUGCUCUUUACAAUGAGUUUGGGAUGGAAAGACCAGUAAAAAGCAAGAUACAUAAGAUAAAAUAA